UGCGAUCAGAAAUAAAAGAACGCGCAAAACGAUAUUGUUGGCAUUCUAACAAAAUAAUAAUAAUAAUAAUAGGAAUAUGAAAACUACUUUGUUGAUUAAAAAAGUGUUAUUACGGAAUCCGAUUAUACUUAUAAUUGUGUGUGUAAUAUCAAUAACAAUUUUUACGAACAGUAUAGGAACAGUGACGUUCACAAACAUACCAUAUGGAACCACACAAGAAUCUGGUCACAAAGGAACACUGGAAGAAUCAUCCAGACAGGGAGUCGACGAUGAUAUUACAACCAGGUACAGCCAUGUGGAGAACGUUGUGCAACAGCGAUUACAAAAUGUUCGAGAUUUUUGUGCUCAAAAUAUUAAAGUUAAUAUCUGGGAAAACCUUAAACCCACGGGCCAAAUAUGGUCAAGUAUAAAACAUGACAUUCACUAUUGUGUUACUCCUAAAAUUGGCUGUACAUACUGGAAGCAAGUUAUGCGCUUUAUUGCAGAAGAUUAUGAUACAACUCUAAACAUAAGCAGACCAGGAGACAUCGACCGCAACUAUGUACAUUAUGGCAAUUUGAAAUACAUUAGGCAAGUUGGUUUGGAAAGCGCCAUGGCUCGAGGUGAAAUGUCAAAGGGUCGUUCAUUCAUGUUUACAAGAGAACCGUACCGUCGAUUAUGGUCCGCGUACAUUGACAAGUUUCUACUGCCAGACUUUUGGAGAUCGGAUGCACAUACUGUUGUUAACCAAAUACGUCAAAACGCUACUGAUGAGCAAAUAUUAUGUGCAAAUGACGUCACUUUUGCGGAAUUUCUACAAUACAUAGUGGCGUCCUUCCCCCGAAAUUUAAAUGAACACUGGCAACCGGUAUAUAAAAUAUGUGAUCCUUGUCUAGUGGCAUAUGACGUCAUUGGCAAACAGGAAACAUUCGCCAAUGACUCAAACUAUAUAAUGCAGAAAGUCGGGCUAGGACAUUUGAUUCCUACGUCAGGUUCAAAAUCGUCAAGGGCGAUUGAAGAAAUAACGAUGUUGGUCAAAUAUAACUUUGAUUUGGAGCGUGCUAUACAUAAAGGCUGUUUCGACAAAGAUGAUGUAGCAAUGCGACUUUGGAAAGCUUUCCAAUACAACGGAUAUAUUCACAGAUCAAUUGAUAUCCCGUUCAAACGUAUGCAUUCAGACAACUUCUCUCAACAUCCGACAGAAGUAUUUCUGAAACAUGCUAUGUGGACAUUGCAAUAUCAACACGACCAAACCAUUGAUACAAGUAAUCAAAAACGCAACAUGAUGUUAGAAGCGUAUAAAAGUGUUCCUGUGGAACUGGUAAAAUCUAUUAAGGAGGUUUAUAAAUUUGAUUUCGAGUUGUUUGGAUAUGACAAAAAUAGUUUGGAAGAAGAAUAAAAAUUAUUUGCUUGCCUAUGAUUAAUUGAUUCGAUAUAUAUCAAUAUAAAAGAUUAUUUGUUUUCACGUCUUUUGCAACACAGGUCAAAUAUAAAAUGUAAAGCCAGUUAUCGGAAAAUGCUUCAUUAACUGUAUGUCAUACCUGCAAUUAUUGUCACAUGAUAGAAAAUAACGUUAUAUGAGGGUACUACUGCUGUUUUUGGGGUAGAUUCCAUAACUUUGUAAUAGUGCCAUAUAUGUGUCAUUUUAAUCAAUUUAGGUUAAGAGACAAUACAUUGAAAUUUAAAACAGAACAAGAUAAAAUAGGUAUGAUUGUGUAAUACUUUUUUAUAAAACAAACGUUUCCUAUUAAAUAUUGUUUAACGUUGUAUACUUAUCUCAAAUAGGGGCCUUUGUUGGCCCCAUUUAAAUAAAUUUAUAAUCUAGAGUUUCUAGUGAAAUAUGAAAAAUGAGCAUUCUUGUUUGAAAAAAUCUUUUCGCAAAUUCAAGGAUAAGCUUGUAUUUGUAUUUGUUUCGGUAUAUUAUUAAAUAGUUUCGUCGAAAUAUGUGAAAAAAACACAAUGUGGCUGUACAAAAUUUAAAUUUACUAAAGCAGAAAUAUUUUCCAUUUAAAGAAAUAAUGAUAUGUGUUGGUAUUGGUUCAAUAUUGCAUUGUGAAUAGGAUUGAUGUGUAUCUCCAUUGUGAUGGGGGAUUAAUUGCAGAAUCAAUUAAAAAUCCAGGGAGAGACUCUGUAUGAAUGGAUGGUUUGUAGAAUAAAAUUA